GAUUCAAUAUCAACGAAGUUCUCUAACUUUCAAGCCUUGUGUUGGCAUUCGCGCUGCAAGUCAAGCAUAUAUAUUGUCAUCUCAGCCUUAUCUUCUGGCAACAUCCAACGUCUCUUCACUUUUCGUAUCAUUAUAUACUUACUACCUUAGCAAGCCAAUCCAAUCGGUCUCCUUCGGUUAACACAGUCACCAUUCAUUCCUAACCCAUUUCGUAAGUCAUUCGCCUAAGCCUUGUCGGACGCCUCAUCUAAUAUUCCGAAAGUUCUUUUAGCCUUUCAGGAUGGCUCCUCCAGUUUAUAAUAAUAACUCCGAAGAGACUUAUCAGCACAAUCUAGAUGAAUGGACCGUCAUUUGUCAAUUUUGUCUUAAACCCGUCUCGGCAACCAGACCUCCUAUUUACAACGAGGUCAACUGUAGUUGCUCAGAGCUUGGCACUCAUUCUACUGGCAUCAAUCCGGCUACUCAGCCUGAUGUUCAGAUGCUAGAGCCAAAUAUCACCAUCUAUGAAGAGCCUGCCUAUGCAUAUCAGUGUUCUAUCCCGGGAUAUGUUUCCUCCUAUAACCAGACUUCAAUUCCGUAUAAAGAGCUUCUUGUAUAUGAGAACAGCAACAACUUUCGGGACUUGAACAUCAACUGGAAUAAAGAUGAUCUCAAAAAUAGUACCAAAAAUACGCAAAACCAGCCAUACUCUGUCGAAGGCUACUCAUGGGCUCUCAAUUCCUGGCUGAAGGAAAACGAGUCUUCAUGUACUCUCGCAUCCAAAUCUUCAUCAAUGAAGGCGAAGAAGGGAAGCAAGCGAGGUGAAUCCGGUCUUCAUAACUCAGGUAGUAGUGUAGAACUCGAACACACGGGAUGGGGACCUGAUCCUUUCACAGAGACUGGAGCUUGGACUGGUGAAAAAUACCAAGACACAAUUGAGAGCACAUUGUCUAUGAGUGGCAUGAUCAAUUCUUAGUCGUGUCACUUAGCGUAGUGGUUUUGGUUCCGAUUUGGUAUGAAUAGUCUAGGAACUUGGUCUUGGGAGUAAUGCUGGAACAGGUUAUGUAUUAUGAAAUGGUUUAUUGGUUCGGCAAUCUUUGAUUUUUGGUGCAAGGAGUGCUGGCAUGGGGGUAAAUUGACUUGGUAAUAAACUUUCGUUAUGGACCUGCGAGACUUGGGUGCCA